CUCUACGCAGAAUAUGUUUAAAAGAUCACGCCUCCCUUGUCGACAUGCAGAAAUGAAAAAUACACAUCAGCGUGUAGGCUACCUUUAAAACUAAGUUUGUCGCGUACACUGGAAUGAGGUCAGACCCAAAGCUCCUCAUUGCACGCGCUGAUUAUUAUUAGAUUCCUUUUUGCGCCAAUGAAAAUAGAGUGGGCGUGUCUUUGGCUCGGGGAAGGGUAGAGACAGCAGCUGAUUGGCCGGCCGCCGUCGCUAUUAUACCAUUGGAAACGGAUAAAGCCGCAUGAGGCAGAGAAUAGAAGUCUGUUGAAACUUACAGACUGCUUUUAAGAGACGAACACUUGUGCUAGCAUCACAUCCUGGUUUUCCCGCAUGGUUUGAAGGGGAAGGAUAUGCAGAAGGAGUCAUAUACCCUCCGAAACUCGAACAGAGCUUUGCUGUGUCGCAGCGCACACACUAACACUGAGCCCUCGCAUAGCUGCGCUCAUAAUCAAACUUUCAACUGCUCCUCGACUGUUACAACAUUAUUACUGGAUGCAAGGACACUGUGGAAAUCGGACACGGUUUCAGCUCCGUGAACUGUUUGAUAAAACCCCGAAACAGAACUUUAGACACGCCAAGCCACCGCACUGAGCACGACUGAAAGCGCGUGUGUGGCGCACCAGCUCUCCUCAGGACUAUUAGACUGAGUUUUCUUUGGCGACACGUUGGACUUGAGAGUGCACGCUCUCUUGCUCUCAGACCGCUGCAGCGAUGGUCCAGAAAACAAGCAGCACGGAGAAUCCCGAUGCGCUGUUUGCUGGGGACUCGUCCGACUCCGGCGCGCUGGAUCUGGACAUGGCUUCUUCCCCCACCUCCGGCUCCACGGAGUCCGGCGCGGACAAGCACCCCGGCUGGUGCAAAACCCCCAGCGGUCACAUCAAGAGACCAAUGAACGCGUUCAUGGUGUGGUCGCAAAUCGAGAGGCGCAAGAUCAUGGAGCAGUCGCCGGAUAUGCACAACGCGGAAAUCUCCAAGAGACUCGGCAAGCGCUGGAAGCUCCUAAAAGACAGCGACAAGAUUCCCUUCAUCCGAGAGGCGGAGCGGCUGCGGCUCAAGCACAUGGCAGACUACCCCGACUACAAGUACCGGCCGAGAAAAAAGGUGAAGUCGAGCGGCCCCAAACCGAGCGAGAAGGGAGAGAAGAUCAGCGGGAGCAGCUGCGCCACUGCCGGCUCCAAACCGGCCAAGAAGAGCGGCAGCUCCAGAUCCACCAGCAAGCCGCACAAAAUAGUCCUGGCUGGCGCCAAGGCAGCGUUCCCCGCGGAUCACCACUCUCUCUACAAAUCCAAGUCAGCGUCAGCUUCCAAGCAGAUUCCUGACAAGAAGGCGAAGCGGGUAUACAUCUUUGGGGGCGGCAGCGGCAUAAGCGCUUCCUCGGCAGCCGUGCCCGGCAGCCCGACCCUGAGCAGCUCCGCCGAGUUCAGCGAGCUGCAGAGUCUGUACGAGGACGGCGCGAGCAGCGGCAAGGAGGGCGCCGAUUCCCCCAGCAGCGCGUCCUCGGACCGCCACCGGUACACCACCAUGCGGGCGUCCUCGCCCGCUCCGUCCGCGUCGCACUCCUCCUCCUCUUCGUCGCAGUUCUCCUCUUCCUCCGACGAGGAGCUCGACGACGACAUGCCGGACAUUAACCAGAGCCCAGGCUUUGACAGCAUGUCCAUGGGCAGCAUCGGCUCGUCGGUGCUGGACAGAGACUUCGACAUGCACUUCGAGUCCGGGGCUUCUCAUUUCGAGUUCCCCGACUACUGCACGCCCGAGGUGAGCGAGAUGAUUUCAGGGGACUGGCUGGAGUCCACCAUCUCUAACUUGGUGUUCACGGCUCACGUGCUGAACUAGAGGAAAUGCGUCUGAGGAAGAACACUGAACACAAGGGAUAACAGACAAGUGUGUUUGUUUGUAAAAUAAGCCACAGUGUGAAGGCUCCAGAAGCUACAACAGAAGCUGCGGUGCUUUGAUGAAACGCGGACAGGAUGGAAAAGCGAAGCCGCGCAUCAGACGCUUUGUUGCGGCAGGGCCGAAGUCAUUUCCCCGCGCUCGGAGCGAGACUAGAGGAAGAAACUCACGAGGAGUGCUUGAGAAAACACGUUCUGAACUGGAAAACUGUGAUUGAUUUGCACGUACACGAGGGCGGGCUUUGGUCGUCUGUUUAAUCAUUUUUACUUCAAAAGAGACGUUUAUGAACUGUAACCAUUCGCCUUGUGGAGCUUGAUUGUUUAAAGAGGUACUGAAAUGUAGGCUGAUUUUCAGCGCGGCGGAUUUAUUAACAAGGUGGGUUGACAAAAGGCAGGCCGUUUUUUACAUAAAGAAAAAGGGGAAAAAGAACGCAUGUUAUGUGUCCUCUCUUGUGUUGAGAUUUCUGUAAGACUGUCGAACAGUUCAACUAGCGUUAGGAUCAUUUAAAUGGAUAGAUGGCGCUAUGUUUGAUUUCCUACUUGCAGAUGAAAAAAAAAAAAAAAAUCACCAGCUGUUUUCAUUCUUACCUUCAGGAUUCAAACACAAACUCAGAUCUGUGCUGAACUUUAUAUACUACUCUCUACAAUCCAGGACCAAAACGCUCAAGUUCCCGAAGCUGUUGAAAAAUACUGUUAAUUUCGUCAUGGCUCUUUAUUAUUCUGUGUUCUUCAGAUGCCAUUUUUAUAUGGAUGUAUUUAUAUACUGGCCAAACAGUUCGUCUUAUUUUUAUGUUCCUGUAAGGACCCCCGCAUCUGUCUGUCUGUCUCCUUCUCCGAAGAAGGGCUAGAGUUUUAACCUUUGUUUUUAUAUUUAAAUGUAGACUUUUGACACUUAAAGAGAGGAAACGUUUGAUUAUUUUCUCAGUGUAUUUUUGUACAAAUAUAUAUAUGAAGAGCCAGGUGGGUCGGUGUCUCUGAAUCGACCUCUUGUCUCAUGUUUACAGUCUCAAUCUGCAGGCGUCUUAAAGACACACACACACACACACACACACACACACACACACACACACACACACACACACACACACACACACACACACACACACACACACACACACACACACACACACACACACACACACUCACUCUCACCCACUUUCCAAAACACAGUUCAAGCCAACAUGUGCUUCGUUUUUACAUUUUCUCUGAGCGUGCCGAAUUAAACCGAUUGUAGCUUUAAAACGAGCGAUUUUCUUGGCGUUUUAUAUCUUAUAUCUAAAUCGUUACACAUUCAAAUGGUUCAUUUGAGUUUCGCGACGAUUAUGUACUGCGUUCCUCAAUGUAUUUGAAUAUUUAAUCUUUUCUACUUGUCGGAUAAGUAUAGAUAAUUGUUUUAGUAUCUUAAGGCAUGGUGAAUAGAUUUGUAUUUCCGAUUCAGGUUUAUAGCUGUUGUAUUAAAAAAAAAAAAGAAAAUUAAAAAAAGCAUCUUUGUACAGCUGUAUCAUAGGCAAAAAAGAUUGUGUGUUUUUGUACGUUGUUGCGCUUUAUCUGGACAGGCACUAUCUUUAUACAUCCUUGCUUAGCCUUUUCUUAAUUUGAAGAUGCUUGUUGUUUUCAUCCAUUCUGUGCAAUAUGUUGUGUAGAAAUCAUGUUUUGUCUAAUCAUGCCAUAACACAUGCCAGCUUAUCGUGUCAAGUCACUGCCUGUCAGAUUGUUCAUAUGCUCCUGUACAGAACUUUUUCAUAAAGGAAAUAAACUCAGCUGGAACUGAACUCUAAACACUGCGCCGUUGACUCACUUUUUUACUAUUUGCAUAAGUGGGCGUGUCCCCUGUGCUCCAGUUGAACCGUCUGCCUUGUCUGUUUGGACUUGCAAAGCACAUAUUACUUGCCUCAACGAUUUUUUAACGCUCACAUAACAGCAGCUGCGUGUUGCUUACUGUAAAUGGUCUUUAUAUCUGACCACGUUUAUAAGUGUCUGCGGGUCAACAUACAAUACGCCUCAUGCUGACAGUAAUUUAUUGUGCGUGUGCCAGGUCACUCUUUGAUUAUGAAUGCACACAGGCGCAUCUCUCCAGAGCGUGCUGAAAGGUGAUCCAUGUGGCCUGAUGCACUCAGUGACUGGCUGUCUGGCAGACUCUCCUCCCCUUCCCCAGACAGUCUGGGCUCUCAGAGAGGGGGAUGGGCUGCUAACGACUGCAUUCAUGCUAGUUCUCCUGAACUGCCAUAAAACUGCACCCACACGCAAAGUGCAAUAUGUGACUACAUUUAAGAAUGCAUAUAAACAAACCUAGUGGCACUGGAAGUGCAUGCAUUCAAACGAAGCUUUGCUGUUGUUGGACACCCAAUAUAUAUUCUGUAUUGUACAGUCUGUGCACAUUGCUCUCGCCGUGGUGUGGGAGUUUCCAGGGCGGCCGAUGAACAGCUCAGCAGGGCUCUUUGGCCAGAUCUGUUCUCCAGAGGGAGGGGUGUCAGGCAAGAAGUGGAGAGAAACCUGUCUGUGUCUGAGGACUGUAGUGAAAGAAAGCUCAGAUAUUACAUUGUAAGUACCCUCACUGCAGUUUCGCGUGGGUGCAGUCAUUGUCUUGUAGGCAGCACAUUAUAUUACUGUUUCCUCCAUAAAAAGAAAA